AUGAAGAAAACAUUUGGGUGCGACGUGGAAUCAUCAAUCAGGAAAACAUGAGUAACAAAACUUAACACAAAAUCAAGAAUUGUGUAUCCAUAACGAUGUCAGAGGGCAAGCAGCAACAGUCAACCUAUAAAGGAUGGCUAUAUAAAUGGACCAACUACCUGAAAGGCUACCAAAAACGUUGGUUUGUCCUGCAGAAUGGACUGCUUUCGUACUAUCGGAAUCAAGCAGAAAUGACACAUACUUGUCGAGGAACUAUCAACCUAGCCACAGCAUUUAUUACAACGUCAGACUCAUGUACAAUAGUCAUAUCUAGUGGGGGAAAUCAUACCUUUCAUCUAAAGGCAACUUCAGAAGUGGAUAGGCAGAAAUGGGUAACUGCAUUAGAGUUGGCAAAAGCUGAUGCAAUCCGAAUGUUAGAGCCAGAUAGUGAUGAGGAAGAGCCAGAUAAGACAGACAUACAGACGACCAUCAAAUCCCUCAAUUCAAAGCUUGAGGACCUGAAUACAUGUAAUGAUUUGAUUGGUAAACAUGGCAGUGCGUUACAGAGGGCACUAACAGAGCUGGAGCAGUUAGAGGGAGCGCCGGAUGUCUCAAGCAAAACUAAAGUGAUUAAUGAGCGAGCAACCAUGUUUAGGAUUACUUCUAAUGCAAUGAUAAAUGCAUGUGCAGAAUUUCUAGAGCUGGCACAGACAGAUGGGAAAAGAUGGCACAAAAUGUUAGAACAUGAAUAUAACCAGAAACUUAAGCUGCAGGAGCUGCUUGAACAGCUUGCCAAAGAUCAGAACAGCCUGGAAAUCCAAGCCAAAAAAUCUAUGUUACCUGUAACAGCUGAUAAUCCAGGUAAUGUAGUGUCAGGAUCAGAGGAGGAUGACUUUGAGGAUGCUCUGGAUUACCAGGAAGUUGUGACUUUACCUGGAGCUAUACAGACACCUGCACACAGACGGACGGAUAGUGAUGUUAGCUUUGAAACAAAGUUGUUUGAUGGCGAGGAAUAUAGUACAGAAUCCGAUAUAGAUGAAGCUGAUGCACCAGAACAAACAGUGGCUGGUGUAUACCAGACCAAAUCUAAAAAGUUGAAAAAGAAGGGUAACAAAUUGGGCAACUCGGAGAACAACCGAGAACCUCCCAAACAGCCAACGACAGCGUUGAUCCCAAAGAAACAAAGACGAUUGACAAUACCUCCAAAACCAAACUAUAGUCUCAACUUGUGGGGAAUCAUGAAAAAUUGUAUAGGAAAAGAACUAAGUAAAAUUCCAAUGCCUGUAAACUUCAGUGAACCUUUAUCAAUGUUACAAAGAAUUACGGAAGAUUUUGAAUACUCAAGUUUAUUAGAUGAAGCUGCAGAGUGUGAGGAUUCUACGGAACAAUUAGCAUAUGUUACAGUGUUUACUAUAUCAUCAUUUUCAACAACAAUAAAUAGAACUACUAAACCUUUUAAUCCUUUACUUGGUGAAACUUACGAGUGUGAUAGAAUGGAUGAUUUAGGUUGGCGAUCAAUAGCAGAACAGGUGAGUCACCAUCCUCCAACUGCUGCCCUUUGUACUGAAGGUAAAAACUGGAAACUCUGGCAGGAAUUUACCAUGGGCAGUAAAUUUAGAGGAAAAUAUCUACAAAUUAUACCUACGGGUAUUGCCCAUCUUGUAUUUGAAAAAUCUGGUAAUCACUAUACAUGGCGGAAGGUGACAACAACUGUGCAUAAUAUUAUUGUUGGUAAACUGUGGGUAGAUCACCAUGGAGAAAUGGACAUCAAGAACCAUAAAACAGGAGAUAAUUGUCACCUGAAGUAUUACCCGUAUAGCUACUUUUCUAGAGAUAAACCCCGCAAGGUAACAGGAGUGGUAACAGAUGCAAAUGAUGCAGCUAAAUGGGUGAUUACAGGGACUUGGGAUACACAAAUGGAGGUUGCUCAAGUUCUUCAAGUAGACGAGUCAUCUAAAAGACCAGUUUUUGCUACUGGUCCUAAAAGACUUCUAUGGAAGAGGGUGUUACCACCACCAGGAUCAGAUAAGAUGUAUUUCUUCACACAACUUGCAAUACAACUGAAUGAGCCAGAGGAUGAUGUGGCACCUACAGAUUCUCGGAAGCGACCAGACGAGCGGCAUAUGGAGAAUGGAGACUGGGAUGAAGCAAACCGGGUAAAAGUUCAGCUGGAGGAGAAACAGAGAACAAAGAGAAAGAAGAUGGAGGCUGAGGCAGAGGCUUGCCUCAAGAGAGGUGAGGAGCCACCAUGUCAUGAGCCCAUGUGGUUUAAAAGAAGUAAAGACGAGAUUACAGGAGAACCGAUUUACAAGUCAACAGACAAAUACUGGAAGUGCAAGGAGAGCCAGGAUUGGACGGGAUGUCCUGAUAUAUAUCUGUGAUACACUGAUAAACUUGUGUAAACUUUAUAAUUUAUUUUGUGCGAUUUUUCCCCGUUGAUGAAGAGAAUACAGAGCGAUUAUGAAAACUAUAGGAAAGGUGUGGUAGUCAGCCAUUGAAAUGUUCAAGGAGUGUUCAUAGAUGAUGAGACAUGUUUGGAAGUGAGUUGAUUUUGCGACAGCCAACAGGAAUAUUACCUCCAGUAAAAGAGGUUUUCAUUUAUCUUGACCAUUGAUAUGAUUGCAAUAUUUAUGACAGAAUUGCUUCUUUGAUUCUACAGGUAAAAUCUGUAUGCCUAACGUAAAUCUUAUAUGCAUUUGCCUAAAUACCAUUUAUACAUUUAGGCAAGCAAAAACUAUGUUAAUACUUCCUUGAAAAAUUUCUGUAUCAGAAAUAUAGUGUGGGUGUUGUUAGACAAGAGAUUGCAGGGAUAAGAAUAAAUGAAAACCUAUUAAGCUUGUUGAAACUGUUGGUUUGUCUGAAAAUUUAGAUUUGACAUAUACUAAAUUGUUACAUUUUUUUGACUUACAAAUUUUGUAGUUCCCUGAAAUUUAAGAUGGUCAUUAAUGUUUGAACUAAAACUUGAUUAAAUAGGUUGAGGAAAUGGUGUAUCCGGAAACUAAAGCAUCAGCUAAAAGUUUGACAAAUGUGCCAACAAGAAGUUGUGAGGUUAUGAAUGUAACAGUACAUAUAUUUAUCAAUGCAGUCAGCAUACUUAGGGACUUUUUGGCACAGUCUAAUUUUGGACUAUUUAACAAAAACUGUGAUUUUAGCAUGCCCCAUGUGGGGUGCGCUACAGUGAAUUAUAUCAAAGCUAGUUACAGUACAUAUGAUUUUCAUCUUUCAAUGGAUGAAUGUUGCUAAUUAGGCCAAUUAAGCCAUGACCAAAAUUAUACCCCAGUAUGGUAUAGGGUUGUUACCAGUAUUUUGUUGUAUUCAGAACAAAAAAAAUCAUCCAUUCAUAUACAUCCAACAUCAUCACAAAUGGAGUAUUAAAUAUUGAUAAUCUGUGACAUUUUGUCAUUUAAGGGGUUUAAAAGCAAUAACUAAUUUUUAUGCCACACUUUUUUUGCACUUGAAUAUAUUUCUUUUCCUGUACUGCAGAUUGACUGUGGUUUUAUUUUUUGCAAAUUUUUGUGAACAAAAUGACCAAUAAAACAAAUUAGUGUUUAAAUGCGUGAUCUCAAAACCAGCUACAUGACUUGAUUUCCAGAUCACAAGUAAAGCUUUUGAUUAGCAAAUCUCUAGAUAAAACUGAUCAGAAGUUUGCGUGCUACUAUACAUUUUGAUCAUUUCCAGUGAUAACUUUCCACCUUCACAAAGCACACAGAUAAGUUGAACACUGCUAAUGCAAAGUGUUUAUUUGAUUCACAGGCAUUAAAUUUACUGUUCUUAGAGUUUUAACCAAAGAUUGCAUGAUACCCCUUUCAGGCUAUUUGUUUAACUUAGACAUUGUUUGUUGCAAAUACAGUCUUGGGUGGCUUUAAGCAGGUGAAAAACUAAAAAUGGCUUCAACCCACUCUGUACAGUUGUUCAGUGUUGAACAACUGUUGGGCUUCCAAAUAAGUAAUAUUUUUUUUACAUAUGAUUAACUAUAUCUUGUAUUAACAUAAAGUGGAGGUAGUAACUAAGCUCAGUGUUAUCUUUAAAAAAUAGGUUGACAAACUUAUUGUGCUGAAACUUCUUAUAAAUAUUUAGUUUUAGCCUCUAGUCAAAAAGUCAACCUUAGAAUGUUGGUGAAAAUAUACCCAAUGUUAGUUGUGUACAACAGAUAUUAAUAGGGUUAAAACAAGAAACAUUUAAUUGCAUCUUUUUUAAUCAAGUGUAAUCUUCUUUUUUUUCAGUAAAAUUUGAAUAUGUGAUAGUUUGCAUUUCAGUCAGGUUAUACAUUGUUGUUAUUUCUAAGAUUUCAUCUUCUAGUGCAAUUUAUUUUGUUUUUUUCAUCAAUGAAGAACCUCAAAAUCAUUUACCUAACUGUAUAUAUUAUCCGAUAUAUACCCCAAUUCUAAACUUACAGAAGAUAAUUUGUAACUCAGACUCACAGCUAAUGUACUAGGGGUACAAGGUUAUGUACCAGGGGUACCAGCUAAUGUACUGUGUUUCAGCUAGGGUACCAGAUUAUAAAACCAAGAGACCGAUCUCAUAUAACUCAAGAAGCUGAUUGGUUGAUUCUGAUCUCAAUCAUGACCUUGACAAAUGGCAAGAAAGUGGUCAAGUGGUCUGAGACUUGUCGCCAAACCGAGGUUUAUAAUUGGUAACCAGGUCCUGCUUUCAACCAUGUUCUCAAACUCAUUGGUGAAUGAACAUUUCUUUGGAAAAAGAAACAGAAAAAAUGUCAAUUUGUGAAAUAAAAUUGAUCUGCAGAGCAAGAUGAAAGUCAAAUAUGAAUGUUUUUUCCAAGCUAUUUGAGUGGGGUGGGGGCGGGGGCGAGGGGGCUCUGCUUGAGAAUGUUGGAUUGGAGGCAUGAUGAAGUUUUAUGGAAAACAGUUUGUUACCUCCCCUCAUAUUAUGAACUGCAAGGGACUUUGUAAUUUGAAAAUAAUGAAAUUUUUCAUCUUUGGGGAAAUAACAAAUCACUUCACAUGAGACUAAACUGCAGCAUGUGGCUUUAUGCAUGAGAUUCAUGGGCAAAUUUGUGCUAAAUGUGACACUGGUAGUCCUAAUUGUAUAGAUUUGUGAUAUAUUUAUCAUGUCCUGUAAAUUCUGAAAUAUGUUACAAGCCAAAAUUUAUAUAUUAUCUGCAGUAUUUAAUCAUUGUAUGUGGUUGAAAGUUAGUAAUUUUUUGUUCAAUUUUUAUAUUUCUUGGGGGGAAAACAUGUUUUGAAAUGGUAUAUUCUGAAAAAGUUGUAACUGAACUUGUUAAUGAGCUAUGCUUAUGAUUGUAAAUCUGUCAACAAUGAUUUGUUUCACAAAAUGCUUACAAAUAAAUUUGUAUAAAAUACUGGCUGUCCGAUAUUUCAAGCAGUUUAAUUCCCAUUAUGCUGUGAAAUCAGUUAAAUUCUCUUCUUCUUUUUUUUUUGGCAAAAUCAGGUAGUAUGAGGUAAAUUGAAAGUUAGAAAAUUAAAUAGGAACUUCUUUUGUUCUGUUAGGAUAUAAUUUUGGUAAUUGAGGCAACCUGAAAAUGUACAACAGGAAGUACCCCUGAAAUUAUAAUGACGCUGAGAAGUAUUUGAUUGAUUUAGAAUAAUAUGUUCCGAAGGGAGAUAAUACUUCUGAUUUAUUUCUUCCAGCCAUAAAAUGAAAUUUACUUGCUCAUGUAUGGUCCAUCUUGACACAUAUUGUAAAUAUUCACUUUAUAUAUUAAUACCUGUACAGUAAAACAGUGUAUAUGAAUUGACAGUAGAUACGUGUUUAUGUUAUUUGAAACUGUGAUUUGAUGUUUUAAUGCAGUGUAAGAUUUAUUGAGAAUUGUAAGUUCUUCCUGUAUUAAGCAUCCAUGAAACCUGGGUUUAUAUGUAUAUUAUUCAGCGUAGAGACUUAAAAAACAGGGUUCGAGAUUGUAAAACUGAGUUUUGAGACAAGUCUCAUAAUGCUGCCUUGCCAUUGGACAGUUCCAAUUUUGAGCUCAAAAUCGACCAAUCAGAUGCUUGAUAUUGGAGACUGGUGUCCAAACCCAUUUUAUAACCUUGAGUCCUGUAUUUGCAGCUCUUGAAGCAAGAAACUCAUUGGCUAAUGGCAUUUUGUACUUGUGACUUAUUCCAGGAACUAGUAAAACUCCAUGUGUUCAUUAUUGGCUUAAAAGUUACGUAGACUUCCAAUCUUUGAAUUAGUUUUAUUUUAUGUUUAUGUAUCCGUCAUACUUAGCAAGUUAAAAUUUAAUGUUAAAAAUGUACAGGUUUAUUACUGUUUUUCCUGUUCAGUCAGUAAAUUACAUUUGCAACACAUGACAGUCGCAGUGUUUUUCCAUAUUGAAAACUGUAUUCCAUAUUGCACUGUUCAAAAUUUGGAACCAGUUCCUGUAUUAACAAAGUGGUUUAACAUGUUCACUGAUAAAAGACAGUAAAUUCUACCUCAGUAUUAUUGACACACUUUUUCUUUAAUACAGACAUUCAUUUUGAUAACCUUUAUGUAUAGGUUCUGCUAGUCUGUUUUUGUUUUUCGUUUAACAAAAAGAGAAAAAUAAAGUUUGUAAUUGAAAGUUUUUUUCGCAAUUUUCAGUGAAUACAGGAUUUGCACAACUCUUUACCCAGCUAAAGAAGGAUACUUGACUUGUUGGCAACCUGUUGGCCGGGUCAGUAGGUUUUUCUGCAGGUUUUCAGCCAAAUAUUUUCAUACUGUACAUAGAUAUAUGGAAAAAUAUCUACAACUACAAUUCUUUCAGUUGAAAAAAUAGGGCUGGUGUGAAUUGAGGAUGUUAACAUCAAUUUUGAUAUUCAGUCUGUCUCCGCUACUUCCAGAUUAUGUAAGAAACAGGCUAUUUUGCAUUGUUCUUUCUGUGAUAAGGAUAAAACAAUACAUGUAUCCAUCCUUCUUGUAAUUUGAAAGUAUUUCAUACUUUAACCUUUACCCUGCUAAAUUGCUUAAAUGGACUGGUUUAUCAUUCAGUUUUAUUCAAAGGGGUAUUCACUGAAAAAUUUACUGACUGAAUAGCGAAUAGUGCAGAUCAUGAUCAGCCUGCACAGAUCUUUGUCUGCACUGCUUGCAAAGGCAAAACCACUUGCCACAGCAGGCUAAAGAUUAACUGAUUCAUAUAGCAUUCCUUUUUAGAUAUUUCAGUAAGUAUGCGCAGUGUCAAAAUUCAGAUCAGUUCCAAUUUAACCUAAUUUACAUGUAUGCAUUACUGAAAUAUUUGAUUGGAAUUUGACAUUAAAAAUUGUGAACAUUUCUGUUCAAAUAAGCACUCAAUUCAAUGAUCUUAAAUUUUUUUUUAGCAUUCUCUUACUUAUCUCAAUCUUCCUAUUAUGUUAUGUGAACCGCGUUUCAGAAUAUUUAUUAAUAUACAGUAAAACCUGCUUUAGCGGUAACCUCUAUUUAGCAGCCAACCUGUCUUAAGCAGCCAUUGUCUCAUUUCCCAGAAUGGUCAUUCAUUCUAUAAAUUACCUGCAUUAAGCAGCAGACGCUUUUUCCCACUCCCUUGGCUGACUGCUUAAGACAGGUUUUACUGUACACAUGCUGUUUUCUAUUCCCUGUAUGCCAACAUAUCUAUUUCUUUACUACAACAUGUUUUAUAUUUGCACUGAAUCCUAUUCUUGCCAGUAUUCCUAGUAGAUAUACAUGUUUGAAUAGACUUUUGCUUCUUCCUUUUUUUCCCAAAAAAGAUUGUAACUCAUUUUUAUUAGUUGCCAGACAUGCCUGUACAAUCUAUUCAACAUUAGGUCACAUUCUUUGAAAUAAUAAUGUACACAUAAGUAGAUGAAUUAUUUCAUUUUGAUUUUUUAAGUAGAACUAAAUAAUUGCUUGAAUUUUAGCACACACAAAAGGGAGUGACAUGGAGUAUACACAGCCUUGUUCAGUUUUCCUGAAUUUAAAUAGUAUUAUUAAACUACCACAUUGUUGUCUGUCAUAUUUGAUUGCUUUCGUAUUUAGUCAGAUAGUGUUAUUUACUUAUAAUUAAGAUUGAUCACUCUUACCUUACUUCCGCUAAUGACAAUUUGAGUAUGAAACAAAGUGGAACCUGUACUGUCUUACUUUUGCAUGAUGUAAGAAAUGCGUGAUAAGGUCUGAACAUUUAGUUUUACUGUAUCUGAUUCCAUACCUGAUAUUUUUAUUUUGAGAUGUUAAACCAAAAAUUUUAAUCCACCAUAUAUUUGCACUAUGUUGAUGCGCUGUUAAAGCCAGAACAACAUCUGUCUAAAGCUUUGAUAUUAUGUAACAUAACAAGAUAUAAGGCACAAGUUCCUAUAAAUGCAGUUUAGGUUGUCGACUACUAAAACAUGAAAUAAAAUGGACUAAAACAUUACCCAGUUUCCUUAAAUUUCUGUCUGAUCUAUUUUCCUUUUAAAAUAAUAACAGAUUUAAGGACACUUUACAUGAACAUUGUAACAUGACAGUUGUGCAAAAUCUUAGUUAUGUCAGUUUGUUAGACAGACUUGAUAUUGGCUGGUUUUUAGUAUUAAGUCUUGAUUUCAAGCUCAUCUAUUGAUAGAUACCAUCAACAAAAGUGAUAUUUUACUUGUCUGAGAAGAUAAUUAUUUGACAAAUACUUGCUUUUAAUUUGUAUGUAAAGUUUCAUUAGUUAAAUGAAGUUAUGUUUCACACCAUUACUAAAGCACAUGUGUGCCACCAUGUUAAGGAUUUUUUUUGCAAAACUAUUUUCUAUUGACAAAUGAUGUGUUCAUUAUGUUUUGUUGGUCCCAUUAUAUUUGGAGAAUAUUUUGAACCAUAGAAAAGGAUUAAAAUUUCAACAAGUUUUAACCAGAUUGUCCAUUCUAAUUUGACGGCUCACAUGUAUAUGUUAUGUAUUAAGUGUCACAAAAUUUCCAGAGGUCGGCAGUUUGCAUUUUAGCCAUUUUGUAUGGUUUAAGACUCCCUUUGUUAAUGAACAUGAAUUAGAAAUGGUACAUACUUGCAACACAUUGAAAUGUUUCAGUUUUAUGUGCCAUUCCUUUGUGUUAAAUUAAUACUGUGUUUUGUAUUUAUAUUUUGUUGGGUGAGCACCCACAGAUUUUGUUAAUUAUGUGAAAAAUUGGCAAUAAAAUAUGAUCACCA